CUCUCCAAAUGGACGAAUUAUAUCCACGGAUGGCAACAGAGGUUUAUUGUCCUCAAAGACGGAACUCUCACUUAUUACAAGUCGGCCGAAGAGACGGCUUUCGGCUGCAGAGGAGCCGUCACUAUAGUUAAGGCACAGAUCAAGUUGCAUGAGUUCGAUGACUGUCGCUUCGAUGUCGGCGUUUCCGACUGUGUCUGGUAUUUGAGGGCCCAAUCCAUCGAUGAACGCAACCAAUGGGUCGACGCCAUCGAAACGCAUAGGCAAUACAACGAUAGCGCGUAUGGAAGCGAUGGCAGUCUUCGCCGACACGGAUCAGCCGUCUCUUUAGGCUCUGUUAGUAUGACGUCUAUUAAGAGUAACAGAGGAUUGAAGGAGAAGUUGAACGAAAUCGAGACAUUCAGAGAUAUAUUAUGCCAACAGGUCUUACAUUCAAAACAAUACGUCGAAACAUUGCAAACAUAUUUCGAUGUCUGCGCUCAAGGGAUUGGCAUUAAUCACAAACUCAAUGGUAUAAAUGAGUGCGAAGACAGUGAUAUGGAUUUGGGAUACAAUGAUAUUACAAACCAUUCAAACGGAUUAACCAAAGAUGUAGCUAAAGAAUUGGCACCGAUUUCAAUGGAUCUGAAGAGAGACGCGAUUACGUUUAAGGCGACCACCGCUGGCAUAAUCGCAACGCUCUCUCACUGUAUAGAACUUAUGCAUCAAAGAGAAGACAAUUGGAAGCGAAGGCUCGAGAAAGAGAUGGAAAAGAGGAAACGAUUGGAGGAUUUGAUAAAACAAAGUCAAUUGGAAUCGAACCAACAGAACGUGAUUGUGAUCGGAGGGCCCGACUAUGAAGAGGGGCCGCACAGUAUGAUCAAAGAGGACGAGUUUUUUGACGCCGUGGACGCGGCCCUCGACCGCAACGAACAACAGGACGAAGAGAGACGGCAACUGAAACUCGUCACUCGCGAUAUGGACGCCCCGUCGCCCACAUUGCCCUCCAUUUGCGGCCAUCCCUUGUGGUCAGAGAUCGAAAGAGUGACAACCGAUCAGUUGUAUUACUCGCGGCUCGAGAUCGGAGAGGGAGGGCCUAAAGGGUGGGAACUGUUCGCAGAAGACGGCGAAAUGAGACUUUAUAAGAGAGAACUAGAAGUGGACGGAUUGGUUUGCGACCCAUUGAAAGCCGUGCACACCGUUAAAGGCAUAUCCGGACACGAGAUGUGUUAUCACUUUUUUAGUCCAGACGUUCGGUUCGAUUGGGAGAACACAUUAGAGUCGAUGAAAGUUGUGGAAGAAAUAAAUCCCAAUUCAUUGAUUUUCCAUCAAAUCCACAAAAGGGUUUGGCCCGCGGCUCAGAGGGACACUGUCUUCUGGUCACACAUCCGACGCCAUCAACAAACCGAUGACAACCAAAAUACUAUUAAUCCAAACAACGUAUGGAUUGUAUGCAAUAACUCUACCGAUAGGCCAGAUAUAUCGUUGGGUCGAUGUCUGCGGAUGACAAUGACUGUGAGUCUGGUUUGCGAGACAUAUAUCGAUCCAUUGCCAGCAGAAGGCAAAGAAAUAACGAGAGAUAACUUAAAAUGCAAAAUAAUCUAUUGCUCAACGAUAAACCCGGGCGGAUGGGCGCCGGCAUCUGUUUUGCGUGCAUUAUAUAAGAGAGAAUAUCCAAAAUUUUUAAAGCGUUUCACUCAAUACGUCAAAGAUGUGACUGAAGGCAAAGACAUAUUGCUUUGAAAUCAUAGUAUAAGUUAUUUUAAUGGAUUAUUUCAAUCAUUUAUAAUUAACUUUUA